CUCCAGUGUGAAAUGAGUAUCGCCUCUCACCUCACAGGUUUAACCCUAAGUACCACGUGAAAUGAUGCAGGGGGGAACGUGCUGAAGACUGGAAGUGCAUUGUGCGUGUGGGGAAUUACGAUUACAAAAUGCAGACGUCAGAUCGGGACCUGAGUGGGCCUGAGGGGAGCCCCAGCAUGAUGUCUGAGGUUCUCUCUGAGUGCUCACCUGCCCCUACCAAGUCAACAGCGUUUGAUCUUUUCAACCUGGUUCUGUCCUACAAGAGGCUGGAGGUCUACCUGGAACCCCUGAAGGACGCAGGUGAUGGUGUUCGAUUCUUGCUAAGGUGGCAGAUGCCUCUGUGUUCCUUGCUGACCUGCCUGGGCCUCAACAUCUUGUUCCUCACUUUGAACGAGGGUGCAUGGUACUCCAUGGGUGCCUUGAUGAUUUCGGUGCCUGCCCUGCUAGGCUACCUUCAGGAGGUUUGCCGGGCACAGCUGCCAGAGUCAGAGCUGAUGCGGAGGAAGUACCACAGCACAAGGCAGGAAGACCUACAGAGAGUGCGGCUUUCCCGCCCUGAGGCUGUGGCUGAGGUGAAAAGCUUCUUGAUCCAACUAGAAGCCGUCCUGAGCCGCCUGUGCUGUACCUGUGAAACAGCCUACCGUGUGCUGCACUGGGAGAACCCUGUGGUCUCCUCACAGUUCUAUGGCGCUCUCCUGGGCAUGGUUUGCAUGCUCUACCUGCUGCCACUCUGCUGGGUCCUUGCCCUUUUAAACAGUACGCUCUUUCUGGGAAACAUGGAGUUCUUCCGAGUGGUGUCUGAGUAUAGGGCUUGUCUGCAGCGACGGAUGAACCCCAAGCAGGAAGAGUAUGCCUGUGCGAGCUCAGCACUGCAGGACUCUGGGGGGAGGGCUCCUCUGCUGGACAGUACACCUGCCCCUACACCCACAGAGGACCUCACGCCAGGCAGUGUGGAGGAGGCUGAGGAGGCUGAGCCAGAUGAGGAGUUCAAAGAUGCAAUUGAGGAGACCCACCUGGUGGUGCUGGAGGAUGAUGAGGGCACUCCAUGCCCAGCAGAGGAUGAGCUGGCCCUGCAGGACAAUGGGUUCCUCAGCAAGAAUGAGGUGCUGCGCAGCAAGGUGUCACGGCUUACGGAGCGGCUUCGCAAGCGCUACCCCACCAACAACUUCGGGAACUGUGCAGGCUGCGCUGCCACCUUCUCCGUGCUGAAGAAGAGGCGGAGCUGCAGCAACUGUGGGAACAGCUUCUGCUCUCGGUGCUGCUCCUUCAAGGUGCCCAAGUCCUCCAUGGGGGCCACAGCUCCUGAAGCCCAGAGGGAGACUGUGUUUGUGUGUGCCUCCUGUAAUCAGACCUUAAGCAAGUGAGAAGAGAAGAGAGGCCAGGCUCCACCUGUCCUGGGGCCAACAGUAGACCCUACUCUCCUAUCCCUGGUCCUGGCCCUCUGAGGCUUGUGCUGGGCAAAUGGAGCCUGACAGCUAGGUCCUUCCUUCCCUCCCCUGCUCCUCCAGCUGGGCUGGUGAUGCUCUAAGGCCCAAGGGGAGAGAAGCCCCUGGGGUCUGAGCUAUUGGCACUGCUCUACCCUGUGCCCUGUUGACUCAGGGUUGGCCAGGACAUGUCCACCAGAGGGCAGAACUGAGCACAGCCUGCUCUUAUCUGAGCUCUGAUGUUCCAGGCUGACCUGACUAGGCCUUAGGAUCCGAGAGACCUGAUGUCGGGAAAAGAGGUUCUUCCUGCUGGGUACCGGGCAGUCUCUCAGCCACGAGCCCUGCAGGAGGACUUAGAGCACAUGCCUGCUCUGCCCCUUGAAUAGCCUCAGGAUAUGUUGUUUUCUAGAGAUAGGAUUGGAGUUCCCAGGUGCCCAGAAGAGAGUGUAGAUGAGGGUGCUACUCAAGUCCUUCAGUGUCGAGUGGAUGGCAGCACGGGCAGGCUCUACCCACAGAAUCAUAGCUCCCAUGAUGUUCUGAUGUCUUCAACCCUGCUGGGGUGGCUGCAGGACCCUCACAGCACUCCCACUUCCUGCCCUGAAUCAAAGGCACCCCAUCUCUUUCCCACUGCCACAUCUCUCUAGCCCUUAUCUCAUGGAACAUGAGGCCAGGUAGAUGGAGCAGAGACUCUGAUAGCCCUUGGCCUCAGGGGUCUGGGGAAGUAUUGGACCUUGAUGGGCUGGUUCCUAGAUUCCAGGGCUGUUCCUGGAGAAGUGUCCAUUGUGGGAGAGGGUCACAUGGUCGGUUUUAUGUUCCCACUGAUCUGCCAAGGGGCCACCGCGCCUUUUCUUAAGCCAUGAGCUGGCUCAGGUCCCCCCUCCCCUGGAGCUGCCCUGCCUUUUCAAAGUAUUUAUUUAUUUAUUUAUUUCAUGGUUCCUGGGAGCAUAUCGUGCAGGGAUGGGAUAAAGAGGAUGAGGGGCUCCUGCCUGAGACCCUUGGGCUGCUCUCCACAAACCUGCAUCUGUAACAGCAGAACUGUUUUUACUGCCCAGGCAUGGACAUGAGUGACUCCCAUCUGAAGCCCUCUUUGCUGCCAGGCAACACACAGAGCAAUGAGGGUUUGGCAGUGGGGACCAAGCAGGUGAGGUGUACCCCUUUGUUCUGAUGAGAGACGGUGACCUCCAUGUUUAUACGGUAGAGCAGUGGAAAAGGAACUUUGUAUGGAGAAUUGUCAAUAAAAGGCCCUGUGCUUAUGGUUUCGUUCUGUUCUUGUGCCAACCCUCUCCAUUAGGAUGGAGACCCAGG